AUGUCAUCUCCCCUGGAAGAGGACACUGUGCCGGUGCCGAGUCGAGGACCGGCUGUGUUCGCCGUCACAACGGCAACUCUGGCUUUUGCUUCGGUUUUUGUCGGCGCCCGCAUGAUUUCCAGGUGCUGCAUUGUCCGGCGAAUCAGUUGGGACGAUUACAUCAUGGUUUUGGCCUGGCUUUUGGCCUUCUUUCUCUCCUUCUCCAUCGACUACGCCGUCGUCGUCGGUCUGGGGAGACAUGAUGAAGACAUCAGCGACGCCGACUGGUCGAAGCUACGGCGUGCCGAAUACGUCUUUUCGAUCCUCUACAAUCCUGCGCUCAUGGCCACGAAAACCAGCAUCUUGAUCUUCUUCCUGCGCUUGGCCAAGAACACCCAGAUCGUCUUGCGAUAUGCUUCGUGGGCCACCCUGCUGGUUGUCAACCUCUCGGGGCUGGUCCUCACAUUUAUGAACAUUUUUCAGUGCAAUCCAAUCGCGGCGGCUUGGACGACCUCGGACGCUUCCGCCAAAUGCAUCCCCCUUCUUACCGAGUUCAUCUGCGCCGCCCCGGUGAACAUUGUUACUGAUCUUGCCAUCCUGGCCUUGCCGAUCCCCGUGCUUACCGGGAUGCGAUUGCCCAUCCGGCAAAAGGCCAUCUUGCUGGUUACCUUUUCCCUCGGCAUCUUUGUCACCAUUGUCGACGUGGUGCGCAUCUACUACUUGCAGAAAGCAGUCUCCUCCCUGCCGACAAACAUGUCGAGCAACCCGGAUUCGCGCUUUGGGGGAAGCGCCGACUUUGCCUGGAACGCAUCGCUCUCCUUCAUGUGGAGCGCCGUCGAGGUCAAUGUCGGGAUGGCUUGUGCCUGCAUACCCACCCUGAAGCCCUUGGUCCUCAAGCUACUGCCCGCCAUGCUCCACGAUCCCUACGGAAGUCGACUGUCUCGUACGUGCAAGUCGACCAGUGCUCCCGACACCCCCCCACCGGCAAGACGCCUCCCCGGCGCUGCGCGAGAUUCCACGGCGACGCCGAAACGAGGGGACUUGGCCAGCGACAACCGUCCGACCGACGACAUCCCCAUGAGCGCCGUGGAGUUCCUCACCACACCCGACUUGAGGCACGGCAGCGACAGCACAGCCCCAGGCUCGGACGCCGCUCGCGUUCAAACACACGCAACCAUGUCCACCAACUCUGUGGAGAACGGCAUCUAUUUCGGGUUCGUCAACAUGACCAAGCCAAAGAGCAUGCUGCGCGCCAAUGCCUUUGAGUCGUUCAAGUACUGCACAAUCGUCGCCAUACUCUUCUUCCUGUGGGGCAUAUCGUACGGUCUCCUCAACACGCUCAACAAUGCCGUCGCCGCUGUCAACGACAUGUCGGACGCGCAAACACUCGGCCUCACCAGCGCGUACUUUGGUGGCGGCUACUUCUUUGGGCCGCUGCUCGUGGGAGAGUGGCUCCUUCGCAGAGACGAGCAUCACCGAUCGAAGCGGCACGAGAGAAGCGAGGCGGAAAACGUGGGCGGAUACAAGGUCACCUUUAUCGUCGGCCUGUGCAUCUACGGCAUCGGCACCAUCAUGUUCUGGCCGUCGGCCGUGACCAACUCGUACGGCGGCUACAUGCUCAGCACUUUUGUGGUUGGGUUCGGCCUCUCCGUGCUCGAGGUGGCCGCCAACUCCUUCAUGGUCCUCUGCGGGUCUUCGGAGUACGGAGAAUGCCGGCUUUUGCUGGCGCAGGCCGUGCAGGCGAUCGGCAGCGUCGUCAGCGGGCUGUUGGCGCAAAAGGUCUUCUUCACGGGCAUCAGCCGGGAGAGCAUGUCCAAAUCGUCAACCAUGACGCUCAUCAACGUGCAGUGGACGUACCUGGCCAUCACGCUGCUCUGCGUCGCCCUGGGCUUGUUCUUCUUCUACAUGCCCCUUCCCGAGGUCAGCGACGGCGAGCUCGAGGUGGCGGCCGGCAAGCUGCCCGUCAACCCCCAGCACCGCAGCAGCAUUGGCGGGCUGCAGCUGCGCACGGUCAGUCUCGCGCUGGCUGUUUUUGCGCAGUACAUGUAUGUUGCCGGCCAGGAGAGCAACAGCAUCUUCUUCCGCAGCCUGCUCGUUUCCGCCCUUCCAGACGGAGAUCCCGUAGGGUUUGUCGCGGCCUCGGGAAGCUCCUCGUCCUCGGGGCCGCCGUCGUAUGACCCGGACAGGCCGCCCGGCUUGUCCAUUUCCAUCCCAGAUUACCUGCUCGUGGGACACGCAGCGUUCGCCGCCUCGCGAUUCCUCGCCGCCGGCGUCACAUACCUCUCGGUUUCGAACCGCCGCCUGCCGCAACCUCGCACGGUCCUGGCGAUUUUCGUCGCCCUGAGCGUCCUCUUCGCCCUGCUGCCCGUCGUGCUGCGCCCCCCAAACGCCGACAUGCUGGUGGUGCCUCUGGUGCUGUUUUACUUUUCCGAAGGGCCCAUCUGGCCGCUGCACUUUGCCAUCGGCCUCCGCGGUCAGGGGAGACGUACCAAGCGCGCCGCAGCGUUCAUCACCAUGGGCGGCUCCGGGCCCGCCUUCUUUCCUUUCGUCAUGUACGCCAUCAUCCAAAGGGGAGGCAGCGUUCAGACGGCAUACACUGUCAUCCUCGCGCUGCAAGCCGCCGCGGGCGUCUACCCUCUAUGGUUGGAGACGUCGAGGAGCGCCAAGCUACUGGUGGACCAGAAGCCGCGUGCUGGCGCGGCACCGCAAGAGGCCGACGAGGAGAGAUUGGCCGACCGAGCAACGGCCAGCCUAGGCGACAGCACGCAUGGGCUGGACGCCAGCACAGGCACGUUUUCGGAGCAGGGCGGCAAGACUUGUGUUUGGAGAGAAUCGUCGCAGGCUCACGCCGAACACAGCGAAGGUGAAGCCCAGCCAUCCUGA